AUGUUCCGCUUAUUCUGUCUCGUGUUAAUUGUGACUGAAGUACUAACUUCAGAAUAUUCUUUGUUGGAUCAGGAUUACUAUGACUUAGACCAAGCUCCUGAGAUCUACAAGCAAUUCCUUCAAAAAUAUAACAAAGAAUCUAGCUCGAAUCGUUUUGAAAUAUUCAAGGAAAAUUUGAGAAAAAUUAACAAAUAUAAAGAAAACAACAGUCAAAACUCAUAUGGCAUCAAUCACUUCACAGAUUUGACCUUUGAGGAGAUUUCGGAAUGCUAUUUGGGUUUAAAUGGUAACUUUACAUCGGGCGAUGUUAUCGAGUAUAAGCCCAGUGGGGAAAAGCUUCCAUCUGAAUUAGAUUGGCGUACUAACGGUUAUGUGACUGAAGUCAAGGAUCAGAUGAAUUGCGGGUCUUGUUUUGCCUUCAGCGCGGUAGGAAAUAUCGAAGGACAAUAUGCUAAAGCACACAGCACCACAGCAAUUAGCCUAUCAAAUCAGCAAGCAUUUGAUUGCAGCUUAACUCCAAGUUGUAAAGCGGGUGGUAUGCCGCAUAAAGUUUUUAAAGCUCUAGCCGAACAGGGUGGGUCAAUGACAGAAGCAGACUAUCCCUAUGAGCACGUAAAAGGUCAAUGCAGAACUGACAAAAGUAAAAUUGCUGUCACAGUCACGGGAGGAAGUCAACUUGGAGUUAACGAUGAAGAUAGUUUGCAAGAUGCAUUGGCUAAUUAUGGGCCCUUAUCUAUUUGUAUUUGCGUUAACGACGAAUUUAAGCAUAUGAGAGGAAAUUCAAUUUUUACCCCCACAGUUUCUUGUCCCACUAUUAAUCACGCUGUUUUGCUUGUUGGUUAUGGAAAAGAUGGUGAAACUGAGUUCUGGAUAAUUAAGAACUCUUGGGGCGUUUAUUGGGCAGAUCAAGGGUACUUCCGUCUCAUUAAAGGACGACAAGCUAUAAAAAUUGGGACGUAUGCUGCCCUUGCAACAGUCGCUUAA